AGAAAGCAUCAUGGCGGCAACACUUUAGAAAAAGAUUACCGAGAUUUUUUCUUCGACGUAUUUCUCGUCCGGAAAGUUGUUGCCGCUGCUACUUCGAGGUGUUUUUGAGCAAAGAUGGACAGGGGAAAGCUUGGUGGUCCGAGGAAGACCAAGCCGAAAGGCCCCCCUCCCACAGGAGAGCUGAUAGCCCUGGGCAGCAAGCCGACCCCUGGGCUGGUCACCGACCCCAAACUGCCGUCACAGCAGCGCAAAGCUUCAGGGACUUCCUCCACCCUGAUGCCAUCUUCCUCCUCAGCGUUUGCAGCCAAGAAGCCAAAACUGGGUGUGCUCACUCCCCUGGGCAGGCCGGCUGAGGGGCCCAAAAAACCUCUGGUGCCAGCCAGGGAGUCAUCUGUCGCUCCUAUACUAGGUAACACACACAAACAAGACGGGCCCAAGAAACCUCUGGUGUCAGCCAGGCAGUCGUCUGUCGCUCCUAUCCUGGUUCCUGCAUCCGAGCUGAUUGACGCCAUUCUUGACGCGGAAGCAGAGAACAACGACGAUCGUGUGGACAGUCUGAUCGUGGGGGCCAUCAACACCCUCAAGUCCAACAAAGCCAAGCCUGACCAGGGCGUGUUCCUGAGUCUCAUGUUCCUCGCCAAGACUAAACCGCUCAUCUUCCUCAGUGAAGGGGUCACAGAAUCGUUUUGCAGCCUGUUGAAGAGAGAUGUUUCCUUUAACUUCAAGUCGAAGGGGAACCCACUAGUGGUGGUGCUGACGUGUAACAUCCUCAUGUCUGCCUACCAGGAGGAGGACAACUGGCCUGACAACUUCGUUAAGGUGUUUGUAGAAGACUCCCUGGGAGAGCGAGUCUGGGUGGACAACCCUGAGUGUAGGGAGUUUGUAGCCAACAUCCAGACAGCCUUCAGCACGAGGCUGCCUCCCAAGUCUGGUCUCACUCCUGAACUGGGCAGCAGGCCUCCCUCAUCCACUCCUGAACACUGCCCCAGCCCCACCCAGUUUGGUGAUGAUGAUGACAAAAGUUCGGACGUGUCGGAAGGCCUGACCACCAGCGAGCGGCUGACCCCAGACGACCAGACCAUCACUCCAAGGUACACAUUUAUGCAGGAGAGCAUCGAGGGUUACAUCCUGGACACGCUGAAAGACCAGCUGACUCGUCGCCAGGCCAUGGACAACCUGUCGCGUAACCUGAUACGCCUGAUGACCGUGACCUGUGGGUACGCAGAGGUCAGACUCAUGGCCGUGCAGCGCCUCGAGAUGUGGCUACAGAACCCUAAGCUGACCAGACCUGCCCAGGAGCUGUUGAUGUCUGUGUGUCUGAACUGUGUGACACAGGACCCACAGGAUGUGGAGGUGGUCUCCGCACUUAUCCGAGUCCGGCUAAAGACCAAACCGCUCAUCAACCACUAUAACUCAUGCAUGAGAGAGUUACUGAACGCCCACCCAGAGAACCUGUCCCUGGUGCUGAAGCACACCAUCUACAACGAGCUGUCCAACUCCAGAAACCCCAACAACAUGUCACUCCUGGCCGUCCUGUUCCAACACAGUCCAGAGGAAGCUGCUAAGUACCUAGCAGUGGUGUUCCAGGAGCUGCUGACUAACCGUGAAGACUACCUGCGUGCCGUGCGCGCUCUGCUGCGGGAGAUCAUACGCGCGCUGCGGGGCGACCUCAACUUCGCAGCCUUCUGCCGCAGCCUCAUGCAGGAGCGCUCCGAACCGCAGUUCACGGACAUGGAAGGUCAUCUCAAGGAGCGCCUGCUGCUUCAGCUGACCGACCUGAUCUGCCUCGGCUGUCUGCUGAGCGUGACAGCAACUGUCAAGGAGGCUGCCUCUGCUGUCUCAAGGGGAGACAAGAAAGUUGAUGUGGAGACCCUGCGAAGGUUCCAGCUACAGUCAUCAGUUAUCCAGCGGGACUCUGUCUGGUGGCUCCACACCAUCGCUCCUGGCAUGUUUAAACUCAACUCUACUGACUACGUGCAAUGUAUCCAGAAAGUGCUGUUUAUGGAGUCAGCCGAGUCCUACUACAGUAAGGACAACUGGCCACCGGAAGGGGAGAGAGCAUAUCUGCUGCGGCUAGUUUCGGAGGUUCCUGUACAGGAAGACACCCUGAUGAGACUGCUGGUGAUCGGACUGUCCCGAGACUUACCCCUUAGCGCUGUGGAAGCUUUGGACCUUGCAGAUCAGGUGGUGAGGAGGGCAGCAUCACUCCAGUCUCCAGGUCACGCUGCCUGGGAGCACUACCCUCAGCUCAAGUGCUUUAUGGAGAUGGUCAUGACAAAUGACUAUGACUGGCCACCGGGAACUCUGGCUACUGAGGAGAAGAAGGCAGAACUUAUCAACAAGGAGCUGCAGAUCUGUGAGCUGGAGAAGCAGGAGAUUCUGGAGUUUGAGAGUCACCUGGCAGCAGCUUCCACUAAAGUCUCCAUCACCGAGGCCAACAGUCUCCUCAUCUCACAACUCAUCUCCAUGGACCCCAGUGGUGUUGCCCGCAGACCACCUCCCUCCAUCCUGCAGCAGCUGAGGAGUCUGAACAAGUCCCUGAAGCUGGGGCAUUUACUCUGUCGGUGCCGCAAUCCUGACUUCCUACUGGAUAUCAUACAGAGACAGGGUACGUCCCAGUCUAUGCCGUGGCUUGCGGAGCUGGUGGAGAGUUCGGAGGGGUCGAUGGAGGUCCUGCCGGUCCAGUGUCUGUGUGAGUUCCUCCUCCAUGACAUCGGGGAGGAGGCUGCGGAGCAAGAGGAUGAGGAACUACAGGAGAUGGAGAGGACCAGGGCAGAGGGGGACAGGCUCAAACAGAAGUCCCGUAAGCAGGACCAGCUUCGUCGCAGACUACAGACGCUUCUGUACGGCCCCGACUCACAGCCCAACGAGACACACGAGGUUCUGCAGUACUUUCUACGGAGGCUGGGAUCGCAGCAGAGGGCUGCCAGGAACCUGGCUGCUAGGGCACUGUCGAUGCUUCUGUCUCCAAGAGCCCCUCCCAGACCGCGCUCAUCCAAAGACUCGUCCACCAGCGAAGCUCCCGAGCUGGACAAGGAGACGGCAGCUGUGGAGGAGGAGGAUGCGGUAACCAUGGUGACGGAGGAUGGGUCGGGGACGUGUCCUCCGGAGCUGAAGGGUUUCCAUUGGCUGCUGGUGGAGCUGCCCAAACUGCCACAUUUUGGCAUCGUCCUGGCAACAACGGUGUACGCACUGCGACAGGCAUGUCAGACGGAGACAGACCCCAUGGCUGUGAGUGCCUACAUGCUGUUCCUAUCCCAGCAUGCACCUCCUGUGGUCAGCGACAUGGCCGACUUGGCACUGGUAAUGAUAGUGGAACGUCCCACCAUCAUCAGUCACCUGAUGCCGCGCGGGGUCGGAGGUCGAGACGAGGCUGACAUCGCCUUCUGCGCUCUGCUCGCCAUCUACAUACAGUACUUCAAGAUGGUGCUGCAGCCACAGGGCGAGCCUGCAUGGUCGGAGUCACAGGACCAGAUCUUUCUGCGCUGGAGCACCGGAGAGGGGGCCACCAUGCACAUCCUGGUGGUGCAUGCCAUGAUCAUCCUCCUCACAUACGGGGAACCUAGAGGAGAGAAUGAGUACAGCUGGUUGCUGGAGGUCUGGUUCCCGAUCCAGGGUCAGCCGCCGGCCGCGUACCUGGUGGACACAUCAGAGGAGGCCCUCCUGCUCCCUGAUUGGCUGAAGCUCAGGAUGAUCAGGUCACAUGUCCAGAGACUGGUGGAUGCUGCCCUGCUUGACCUUGACCCUGCCCAGCUGGUUCUAUUUGUGCAGUCAUUCGGCAUCCCCAUGGACAGUAUGAGCAAACUACUGAUCUGCCUGGACGAGGCCGUGACUCACAACCCUCUCGCCAUGCAGCAAGCCGUCGUGGACAAAGACCCCUCCUACAUGAGCCAGCUGGUCGAGGUGCAGCACAUGCGGGGUGUGGUUGGAGGAGAGAAGUUCAAGGCUUUCCUCAACGACCACGGGUCUCUGUCCACGGGAGCUGUGGCAGAUGUGGAGAUGACUUCACCUGUGGAGGAAGAGAAAGGGUUGUCAAGGCGACCACAGCCUUCCUACAGACCACCAUCUACAGAAGCUGGCUGGAUGCAAGAAAUUGUGAAGCUGUUCCCAGUUGACCCCGGAGCCCAGGUCACUUCGGCCAUGAAGAAGGACAUUGUCAAGGGCAUCCAGCUGGGUUUGGCCAAGGAGAUUUCCUCCAUCACGCGAGGUGAGGAGCACAGAGAAAGUCUCGGGGACGUUCUGAUCGCCACCAUCCUACAGUUGUGUGGGGGAGACUACAGUAUACCUUUUACAUCCAGUCUUCAUCAGAACUCUCACCUGUCCUGCCCCAUCUUCAGACUACUCAUGGCACGAGAGGUAAGACUUUCUCACCUACUUUCUCACCUGUGUGUUCUCACCUGUGUGUUCUCACCUGUGUGUUCUCACCUGUGUGUGUGUUGGGGGGGAGACUACAGCAUACCCUUCACAUCCAGUCUUCAUCAGAACUCUCACCUGUCCUGUCCCAUAUUCAGAUUACUUAUGGCUCGAGAGAACGUUCUGCGGAAGAAGAGCCAGUCAUCCGGGUUUCCUGCGCUGGUGUCUCGACUGGUGAAGUACCACAGUAGCAGGGGUACCCUGACCACGGUACUGAAGCAGUACCAUCGACAACUGGCCCCGGUACAGAAGGACAUCAAUGUUCUGUCAGCGUUGCAGGCAGUCCUAGAGGCUCCUUACCAACAUCAGCAGAACUUGGUUAGGCAGGCCAUCGCUGCUGUCAAACACGCCGACCCCAGUCAGCCACUGGACUUCAGCCUGGUACACAGAGUGUGCGCCCUGCUGUGCAGAUUUAACUCUCCUCUCCUGGAGGAGUUUCUGGUGGCCUGUCUGACCCUUGGCCUCAGGCUGGCCCCAGGGGAUGCUGGGAAGGGUGAGGAGGUCGUGACCCCGAGCCACACCCAGCUACUGGCCAGGAUGCUGAUGGAACAGAGGGGGGUGUCAGCUGCAGGGGGCAGGGUUCCGUCACCAGUGUCGGGGCUGCUUGUGGAUUGGUUGGAGACGUCGGACACCGAGAUCGUGGCCACCUGUCCCGAACGCCAGCUGCACCUCCUGUUCUCUCGCGACGGCGGAGGCAGCGCAACGCAGCCCUACCUGCUGGCUUUACUAACCCACCAGACAAACUACGACACUCUACACAGGUGUACUGACUUCUUACUGCAGGGACAAGACAGGGACAGAAUCAACUCCACAGCUGCGCUGGACUUUCUGUGGGCAUGUAUCCACAUCCCUAAAGUGUGGCAGGGCAGGGACACCAAAGUGCCACAGAGAUGUCUGGACAAGGAGAAGAUCCUUCAGCUCAAGCCAGCCCAACUCUGCAGUCUGGUGGAUUACAUCUUACAGGAGGCUGUUGAGUCGUGCCGCUCGACCUCGGAUGACCCCAGGGCGUCGCUGUCGGACAGCAUCCAGGCCAGGCUACCGCUGCUGCUGAGCUGUUGCCAUGGCAACAGGAAGGAGAUCUCGUCCGAAGUUCUGACCUACCUGCAGAAGAAGAUGGCAGGACAAGACAAGGACAGUGUUAUUGCCAUGGCAACCAGGCAGUUCCUCCUCCUCCUCUACAUCAGGGCACCCCACAUGCACACCCACGAUUCCGUGUCAGAGGUCAUCUCCAUGGAGAUGGAGGCUGCCAAGGGUUCUUAUGUGCAGCUGGAUAGUUUCACCCACCGUCUGCUGUCAGUACUGGGGAACUGUGAGGCAGGGAAGGUGUGUGAAGACAGGAUGUAUGACACCAACAUCCUCUGUAGGAAACUGGCCACGGUGCACCCUGCACUGCUGCUUAGGUACUGUGAGUCUGGGAAGGUGUGUGAAGACAGGAUGUACGACACCAACAUCCUCUGUAGGAAACUGGCCACAGUGCACCCUGCACUGCUGCUCAGACAACUCCCGAUGAUCGCUGCCCUCCUGCGAGGUCGAGUCCACCUGAACUUUGAUGAGUUCUUCCACAGACAUCACUUCCUGUUCUUCACCCACGUCUUGGGCCUCCUGGAACUGCUGGUGCCACACGUCUUCCGCAAGGAGCAUGUCUUGGAAGAUGUUUUGGAGUCCUAUUUCGACCUUCUUAAGGAACACUACUCGAGCAGGAGAGAGCUGGGUGCCCUGGUGAACAAAGUUAUCCAGUUCCUGCACCAGUUUACCUCAAGUGACCCCCAGAGAGCUGUGGCAUUAUUGCAAAAACACUCUGUGACAUUACAUCACGUCUCCAAGCAGUACCCGGACCUGUCCCUGCUGAAGUCUCUCCUCGCCGGCAUCUCUCUCCCCUCAUCCUCCUCUGACUCCCUGGAGGAGACAUCCUCAUCCUCGUCAGCCAAGGAGGGAGGGCUGCCGGAGACGGGAAGAGCCUCUCCCAUCCCAUUGGUUGUUCCGCCUGCCUCCGGCACCCCCUGGACAGCCGUUCAGCUGGCUCCUUUCCUGAAGAGGAUAAAGAAAGGCCAGGAUCAUGAUGAUGUUCUGAAGGUCCUGCACGACCUUGAGCAGACCUCCAAGAGGCGGGUGGACGUCCUUGAACACUUCCUGGCUGACUUGAAGAGGCUAAUGUCAGACAGCCACGAUGACUGUAGAAACAUCGCGCACAACCUGGUCAUGAGACACAUCAAGAGUGAACCAAGUUGCGCUGCAGACUUCUUGGACUCCUUCCUGCACUGCCUGGACACGAACGACCACAACAUCGUCAAAACAACACUCAGGAACCUGGCUGACUACAUUGUGCUGUGCCAAGAACACGCCAACGUUCUAGUCCGAAAGGCUUUUGCUGUCGGCGUUCAAAUGAAAAUCGACACUUCCAACAUCAUAGCUGAUGCCCUGAACAUGCUCAGAUUAGAGGGAUACAAUGAUUAAUAGGACACCCCUCCUUCCAUGUGGACUGUCCCAACUUUACACAGAGAGCCACAGGACAUGGCCACUCCCAUUCGCCCAUGUAGGGAUGUGAAGAUGGUUGAAGGAUAUGAUUAGGACACCCCUUUUUCUACAUGGACCAUCCCAACUUUACACAGAGAGCCACAGGACAUGGCCACUCCCAUUCUCUUGUGUAGGGGUGGUGAACAUGCCGAUACGCUAUUAGGACUCCCCUUUUUCUACAUGGAUCAUCCCAACUUUACACAGAGAGGCACAGGGCAUGGACACUUCCAUUCUCUUAUGUAGGGGUGGUGAACAUACUGAUACUGGAAAGACACACUUAUAAGAACACCCCUUCUUUCUUUAUGGAUCUUUCAAAUCGAAAAACCAACAUGCAUUCAUAAGUGUAUUCCAUUGU